AUGCCACUGAUUAAUUUUCGAAAUAUUCUUUCUUGUUCAAGUGAAGAUCGAAUACAUUGUGCUGAAAAUUUAUUAAAACCUGAACAAUAUAAAAAAUGGUUAUCAUCAAAAGGUAGUGAAGAACGUAUAACAUGUAUACUUGAAUUAGAAAAAUCAAGUUCAAUAUCAUCUGUUGAUAUUGGUAAUGAUGGUAGUGCAUUUAUUGAAUUAUUUGUAUCUCGAUCAUCAUCAUCAAAGGUAGAUGACUGGACUGUUUUAUUACCAGCAACACUUCUUAUGACACCGAGUGAAUCACGUUCGAAUGCAAAUCGUAAUCAAGUUAAAUUAUUAAAAUCAAGUGAUUUAAAUAAAACAUGUUUAAAUGAAAAAUGGGAUCGAUUAAAAAUUGUUUGUGAACAAAAAUUUAAUCGUUUAAAUUCAUUUGGUUUAUGUUUUAUUAAAUUAUAUUCUCCAUCGACAUUAUCCGAUGAAACAAAUCAAUCGGAAUCAUUAAAUAAAUCUUUGACUAUGGUAGAUAAUAAUGAUGAUGAUGAAACAAGUAAAGAACAAAGUAAAAUUGGUUCAUUUUUUGCUAAAAAACAAGCAGAAAAAAAGUUAAAAAUAUCAGAACCAAGUGCCAGUGAUCAAAUACGUGCUUUAUCUAAUGUUGCUGAUGAAUUAUUAAGUAAAAAGCCAAUGGAUGAUAAUGAAAUUCAAACAUUAUUAAAAAAGGAUGUUAAAAAUACUCCAAAUCGUUUAUCAAAACGUCGUAUAUCAUCAGAUAAAUCAGACUCUUCAAUUAAUGAAAAUGAAACAAAACGAAGUAAAACUACAGAUCAAUCUCAAUUGAUGAAAAAUGUCGUUUUUGUUUUAAGUGGCUUUAAAAAUCCAUUAAGAACUGAAGUACGUAAUAAAGCAACAAAAAUGGGUGCUAUUUAUAAUGAUGAUUGGGAUAGAACAUGCACACAUCUUAUUUGUGCAUUUUCGAAUACACCAAAAUUUGCGCAAGUUAAACAAACAGGAAAAGGACUUAUUGUUAAUAAAGAAUGGAUACUUGAUUGUUACAAGCAAAAUCAAUUAUUAUCUGAGAAAAAUUAUGAAUUAAAAGGAUCGAAUAAUAAUAUAAUAAAGAAGGAUACACCAAAUAGAACAUCAGAAAUAAAAACAAGAAAUUCCAAUAAUAAUGAUAAAGCAGAAAAUGAAAAAUCAUUAGUAUCCAAAGAUAUAACGAUGAAAUCGCCUAUGAAAACAAAAGUGUUAACAUUUGACGAUGAUGAUGAUGAUGAACCAAUACGUCCAACAAAUUCUAGGAGAAAAACACCAACUAAAAAAGCAAUAAAAACUUUUGAUGAUGAUGACGAUGAAGACGAAGUACCUAUUAUUUCAAAAGAUGUGACUAAAAAACCAACAACUUCUGCUAAGAAGGAGGAUGUUUAUGAUGCUGAAACUGAUGAAGAUGAACCAAAAACAGUCGAUAAAUUAUCUGAAUUACCAGAUUUUUUUCAUGGAAAACAUUUUUACAUAUAUGAUAAUGAUUUCAACGAUGAUACUAUGCAUGAUAUUCGUCGAGUUAUUUAUGCUUACGAUGGUAUCUUGAGAAAACAGAUUACAUCAGAUGUAAAAUAUAUUAUUACAAAUCGAACAUGGAGUCAUGAUUUUGAAAAGAUAGCAAAGACAAAUCCAGAGAUGAAAUUUCUUUCAAUUGAUUGGUUACAAAAGUGUCAUGAUGAAAAUAAACUUGUUCCAAAUCAAUCUUUUUUAAUAUUACCUUAG